AUGCCCGCGGCGUGGCGCUCCCCGGGCUUCGUCGUGGACACCCGGCCGGACCUGCAGGUGGCAGACGUGCUCCCGGGGCUGCUGCUGGGGUCCCAGGACGCGGCCCGGGACGCGGGCGUGCUGCGCGGGCGCCGGGUCACCCACGUGCUGAGCCUGGGCGUGUCCGUCCCGCCCCUCCCGGGGAUCACGUACCGGCCCGUCGACCUCCUGGACCUGCCGGACUGCCCCCUGGCGCCCGUCCUCGCCCCCUGCUUCUCCUUCAUCGACGCCGCGCGGGGGCAGGGGUGCGUGCUGGUCCACUGCAACGCCGGAGUCUCCCGGUCGGCGGCCGUCGUGAUCGGCUACCUCAUCAGGCUCGGGUGGAGCUACGAGGCCGCGUACCGCCACCUGAAGGAGAGGCGGAGUGCCAUCAGGCCAAACGAGGGCUUCGUCCGAGCUCUCAAACUAUACGAAAAGGAGAUUGCCACGUAG